GCGGCUCCGCGCGCGGAGCGGGAUAAGAUGGCGGCGGGGCCGAUUUCGGAGAGGAACCAGGAUGCCACGGUGUACGUGGGGGGGCUGGACGAGAAGGUCAGCGAGCCCCUGCUCUGGGAGCUCUUUCUGCAGGCCGGGCCGGUGGUCAACACGCACAUGCCCAAGGACCGGGUCACGGGCCAGCACCAGGGGUACGGCUUUGUGGAGUUCCUGAGCGAGGAGGACGCUGACUAUGCCAUCAAGAUCAUGAACAUGAUCAAGCUCUACGGGAAACCCAUCCGGGUGAACAAAGCCUCGGCCCACAACAAGAACCUGGAUGUGGGCGCCAACAUCUUCAUUGGCAACCUGGACCCUGAGAUCGAUGAGAAGCUGCUCUACGACACUUUCAGCGCCUUUGGGGUAAUCCUGCAGACCCCCAAGAUCAUGCGGGACCCCGACACGGGCAACUCCAAAGGCUACGCCUUCAUCAACUUCGCCAGCUUCGAUGCGUCGGACGCAGCCAUCGAGGCCAUGAACGGGCAGUACCUGUGCAACCGCCCCAUCACCGUGUCCUACGCUUUCAAGAAGGACUCCAAGGGCGAGCGGCACGGCUCAGCGGCCGAGCGGCUGCUGGCGGCUCAGAACCCCCUCUCCCAGGCCGACCGGCCCCACCAGCUCUUUGCGGACGCCCCCCCGCCCCCGUCCGUGCCCACACCUGUGGUCACUGCGCUGGGGCCUGGGGUCACCCCUCCAGGCCUGCCUCCCCCUGGCUCGUUCCCGCCGCCGGUGCCACCGCCUGGAGCACUGCCCCCCGGGAUGCCCCCAGCCAUGCCCCCGCCGCCGAUGCCGCCGGGCGCUGGAGCCCCCGGGCCCCCCUCGGGAGCCGCCCCCGCCGGGGGACACCCCCCGCACCCACACCCCUUCCCCCCGGGAGGGAUGCACCACCCAGGAAUGCCACCGAUGCAGGUGCACCAUGGGCCGCCUGGGAUGGGCCAGCAUCAUCCAGGACCGCCAGGCUCUGGAGGGCAGCCGCCCCCCCGGCCCCCUCCGGGAAUGCCACACCCCGGGCCACCCCCCAUGGGGCUCCCCCCUCGGGGGCCACACUUUGGAUCUCCCAUGGGUCAUCCUGGGCCGCUGCCGCACCAUGGGCUCCGCGGUCCCCCCCCACUGAUGCCACCCCACGGCUACAAUGGGCCCCCCCGGCCCCCCCCCUAUGGCUACCAGAGGGUCCCACUGCCCCCCCGGCCGGCACAGAGACCCCCUGGAGUCCCUCCCCGUGGGCCCCUGCGGGGACCCCUGCCCUGAGAGGAGGGGCGCUCUCUGGUCCCCAUCCUCAGCCUUCCACAGCCCCUUGUAUCGACAUUCCCACUCCUGCAAAGGGCUGGGGGCCAUCCCCUACUCCUCUCUUCCCUCUCCAUUUCUUCCCCCCAUUUCUUUUUAUAAUGUUAAUUCUCCUCACUCUCCCCACCUCCUCCCGUUUCUCGUCCCUUGGAAGCUUUUCCAAGCUCCUUUUAACUGGAUGUGUUGGUUUUGUAUGGAAAGCAGUGGCCACCCACUUGCAAAUAAAGGGUUUGGGAGCCAAAAGGGUCCUCAGACUGGGGAUGAGGCUCUGGCUGUUUGUCACCAGCUGACGUCUCUUCCUUGCUUGGGCCACUGGGAAGAACCAGGCUGGAGGGAUUUGGGGCCUGAGGAGUGGCAGAGCUGGUCCAUGGUCUGAUCCCUGCUCCACCAGUAAGCCUGGAAGAGCUGUGUGCUCUCUUCAGCUGCUCCGUAGGAAUGUCUGGAUUUCUGUUCUUGAGCCAUCGCUGCCCACAUCCAGGGAGCUGAGGUUUGGCUGUGGAAUAUUUUGGUGCCAAGGUUUAGCCAAAGUCAAACAUUCCCAUGGGAAAUCUUCAAAGGGUUGGGGGUCCACAAAUGCCUUCUCCUGCCCCUGGGCAGUGCCAGAGUCUCCAAGAGCUGGGAGUUUGUGGGGGGACAUGGAAAGUGGGAAUGUGCUGCUUCCUUCCUUCAUCCCAGCAUCAUCUUCUGUGCCGAGGCUGCGCUUUGCCUUACAUCCAGGUAGGAAGUCCUGGGGUCUGGAUGGGCUAGGAAGGGAAGGACAAGGUUGGAACGCCCUCCUGAUCCUUCACAUCUGGGAAUGUGGGGAGAAUCCCACGUGGAUUGGUAGAGCGAGUGGAUUUAGGUGUAAGGGUGGGAUAUGUGGUGUGGAAAUGAGGCUUCCCUGUGGUGCUGAGAGCCAAGGGGCUUAAGAGAUCUCCAGUAUCCAAAGAAUCCAGUGAUUCCUGUCUGCAUCCAGGGAGCCCCAGGGUGGCAUUUCUCUGCUGCUCAGUCAUGGAAGCCACCGGAAUCCACCCAGGGCAGCCAAUCUCCCUGCAUGGACACAAUCAUUCCCUUCUCCCCUGGAGCUAUCCACUGUCACCCCUGGUUUUAUCCCGUCAUCCCUGGUGUUACCCUGUCAUUCCCAGUUAUAUCCUAUCUUUCCCCUGAUUGUAGUUGCUUGUCAGCCCUGAUUUUCUCCCUUUUUCUCCCGUUUUAUCCCAUUCCCCCCACACUUUCUCCCAUCAUCCCCCUGUUUUUAUCGCAUUCCCCUCAGCUCUAUCCCAUUCCCCGUGUUUCAGGCCAUGGCAGAUACAGAUGAGGCCCUUGGGACGGGAGGAGCCAUUCUCUGUCCUGCUGCCAAGCCUGUUCCCUCUGAUGAUCCACCAAAAAACCCUGGGCCAAGCAGGGGAUGUGGAGCUCUGUGGUGCCAGUGGCACAUGAGUCACUGGGGGCCUGAGGAGGUGGCACCCUGGGGUGGGGUUCACUGGGUGCUUGAUCUCCAGAGGGCACAGCCUGGAUGGAUCCUGGUGCAGUCCAUUUCCUGGGGAUGCUCCUUGACUGACAGCCUUGUCCUGCACUCCAUCCCCCUUUUAGGUUUUUUUCCAACAACGAAUGUCACAAUUGCUUCUCAGCUCCUGGGUUUCUAAAUCCUUCCCUGUGCUGGCACCACUAGUGCAGACUGGUUCCCAUCCCUGUUUUCCAGUCUGAGGGGUGAAAGUGCUAACCUUGAUGGAUCCUGACAGAUUGUGAGGCUUUGGGGUUGACGCCCUGGAAGCUGGGACUAGGUCAGCUCAUUGCAGGGCUGCAGGGGGAAUGGGGUUCAGGGAAGGUUGGGACUCUGGGAAUGUUGAGAGGCAGGAUGAAGGGGCUCUGGGAGCACUGGAAUUUCAGUGAAGGGGCCUCAGGGAAGAUCUUGCUUCUGGGAGCACCCCCAGUCCUGCUUGCUGUGUGGGGACCUCCAGUCUGAGCUCAGCCAGUCCCAGGAGCACCCAGCACCCCAUAGCCCUGGGGUAUGGGGUUGGAGA